AAUCAUGUGCCUGAGUUAUGUCUUGUGACCAAGUUCUCAAAAUGUAUUCCUUAACAAUCAUCUUCAAAGUAGUGCCCUGGCUGUCUCACUGGACUGAAAGCUAGAUAUCCUAACGAGUCAGCUGAAGAGAAGAUGCUGGUCUGGUUGUUCCUGUGCUUGGGCUUCCCUCUUUUUACAACUGCACUGAUUUCCUGCUAUGGCGAUUAUGGAAAAGUGGUUGACUGGUUCAUCGUGUACAAGCUGCCGAAAGACAAGAAGCAGAAGGAAGGGGGUAUUUAUUACAUGUAUCAAGAUGGUGACACCAGAGGCUGGGUGCCAGGGAAGAGUGUCAUGAAUCGUACAGACAGCGCAGUUGGCAGGACCCUGAGUCAGCUCUACGAUGUCUCCAACACAAAGGAUGUGGCUUAUGUGCUGUACAAUGACCAGCCUCCUCGGUACACAGCCUCAGCAAUCCGUGGCCACACUAAAGGUGUUGUUCUUCUGGAUAGCAAGCAAGGAUUUUGGCUGGUACAUAGUACUCCUCACUUUCCACCCCCUGUCAAUAUGAAAUAUGAUUGGCCCACAAAUGCUUUUCACAAUGGCCAGUCUUUUCUUUGUGUCACCUACUCAUAUAACCAGUUCAAAGAUAUUGGUACGCAGCUCCUCUAUAACACAAUCUCAUCAUAUGAUUCAUCUAUUCCUGAAACAUUUUCUUGUGAUUUUCCUGAUCUGAAAGCUGCAGCAGAGGAUAAACAAGUAACCUCAAGACCAUGGAAUCGUUCAGUAACUCUCAUGUCAGCCGGAGGAAAAGAAUUCACCAGCUUCUCCAAGACUGGGAAAUUUAGAAAUGAUCUAUACUCAGGUUGGCUAUCUGAAGUGCUGCAGUCUGCACUUUAUGUGCAGUUUUGGAGAAACUCGGCAGGCAUCCUCCCAUCAGACUGCUCAAUACCACACCACGUCUACAAUAUCGAUUAUAUUGCCUUUUCGCAAGCUCAUAAUUUCUCCACCCAUAUUGAUCACUCCAAGUGGUGUGUCACAGAUAGCGGGACACCUGGCUGGGCCUGUGUUGGAGACAUGAAUCGCAAUAAAGAGGAGGAGCGAAGAGGUGGCGGAACAGUGUGCAUUAAGGAUCCUGUUGUUUGGAAGUCAUUUAAUAGAUUGGUAUCUGUUUAUAGUAACUGUGAACAGGUACCAAAUGAUUAAACUUUUACAUUUCCUUAUUAGGAUAUGUGUUUACAUUGUGUUGUGUGCUAAUAUGUGGCUUUUUAGGGUAAAAUGUUUUUUUACACAAUAAUGCCCCCUUUGGUAAUCAAGCACACACUACCUUCACAAUGACAAAUAGCGAGAAUACGAAAAUAUAUUUUGCUAACUGAAAAUAAGAUAAUUAAUACUAAAUUAUGUCUAAAGGGAACUCGCAAUUUUUUUGUAGAUAAUGAGGACGAAGCAGGUUUUUUUAAUUACCUCAUAUAAAUCAUCAGUUUAAUCCUCAAUAUUAUAAACAGAAAUUUUAAAAAUGUAAUGGUACUUGAAUAAUGUUUGUGAUAAUGUUGCUGUAUCUAACUUCAGCAUCCUGACCUGCUAUAAUUCUGAUUAGAAUACCAGAAUUCUUCCGCAUUCUUACCUCUAGGACUGACGUGACCCAUGAUGUGCAGUAUAGAUCUUUCUGGCUGUUAUAAUCCAUUUUAAAGACAAUUAAAAUAAUAUGGACAAGAUUUAUCAAUCUACAAACAGACAGGAUUCACAUGUUGUGAACCUAUUCACAUUCCAUCACAGAUUGUGAGGCGCAUAUGUUCCCUGUAUUUAUCAUUGCACAAGCAAACACUUGUGCAAUGCUGCCUGCUACCCUCAAACAACCAGUUGCACGAGAGUAGGGCUUGUCAAUCACCAAGUCGAAUAAAUCUAGGGUGAAUUUAAUUUGCCAAUCCCACUUAAACCGAUGCUUCAUAAAUAUCAGUUGCAGGCUUAUAUGAGCAAGCCUGCAACCAAUCGGUGCAUUCGCCUCAUGAUAAAUCUUGCCCUAUUGGCUAGUUUCCAUUGCUGUUGUAAACUGAUGUUAAAAACAAGAAUAUCCAUUAUAAUCUAUAGAAAGUUUUUUUUUUUUUUAUCCCCAGUUUACAACAGCAAUGGAAACUAGGACUAUGGCUUUAUAUUUUUAUUAUUUUUUAUUUAAAUUAACAAAGGUUACUAGCCUAACUAUGCAUAUGGACAAGCAUCUUGAAGCAGUUGAAAAGUAUGUACUGAAAGAAAAAUAGCACUGAUGUUCAAGCAAAAUAAUCAUGUAAAAAAAAAAUCAAUACAAUUAUGUUGGAUCCACAGGAUUUUCAAUAUUGUAUUUUUUUUUCUAUGCACAUUUUCUUAUUAAUAGAGAAGAAUAUGCACUGGAAAAUGUGGCACAAGUACAAAUAACGGUAAUAAAGAUGGUAAUUUGUAUUUAUUUUCUCUCCAGAGGACGUAAUACAUUUAGCACAUGAUAAUCCGCUUUUGAUAAAUAAUAAUAAUUAAUGGUUUAUCAAGCUCAAUAAGGAUGAAAGACUGAGAUGAUCCUGCCAGGAGUCAAACCUGUAAUACAGAGGUUUCAGUGGGUGCUGCGCACACUAUAGCCGGACACAAGACAAUACUUACUGAAAUAUAUUAUUUACCAUUUUCUAGUCACACUGUAUUAGUACAUUUUUAAUUGCACAUAAAUGAAUACAACAGUCAAAACGAGAUGCAAGAAGGCCAAUACUGCUGCAUAUAACAAAGAUAAAGGGGACAGUAAAGUCAAAUGAUACUUUCAUGUUUCAUAAAGACCAUGUCGUUUUAAGCAGCAUUCCAAUUUAUUUAUUGUAUUAGAUUUGCUUUAUUCUCUUGGUAUUCUUUGUUGGAGAGUACACCUAGGUAAGCUCUUAGGAGUUCAGGAGGGUGCAUGUCAAUGUCAGCUGUGCUUGAUGUAAGUGUUUGUAGUAAUGUUAUACAUUGUUGCAAACACUGCUGUCAUAGAAUACUACAGGUACGUACGUGCAUGCACCUGAAGCCUACCUAGCUAGGUGUGUCCUUCAACAAAGGAUACCAAGAGAAUGAAGCAUAUUUGAUAAUAGAAGUAAAUUGGUUUUAAACUCAUUUGUUUAACCUAUGAAAGUUGAACUUUGACUGACCGUUUAAUAUUUUCUUCGUAUGGGACAGUUUUGUUAUUGUAGUUUCUCUUUUGUCAGUACUGCACCCAGUCAUUAGAUUAUUACUCUCGGAAAAAUCAUAUCCUUGAAAAUAAUAGUGCAAUAUACAUCUAUUUAUUGUCACAGGUUUGGAGAUCAUUCUUGCUGAGGAUGCAGAUUGCUGGGCAUACUGCAGUAGGUUGGGGGCAGACCCCCCCCCCCCUUGUGUAUGUGCUGAUAGUGAUGUGAUUUCACAUUUAUUUGUAUGUUUCUUUAAUCCAUCACAUUGUCUGAUUCACUGUGUGAAACUUCUUUCUGACUAAGAGUCUGAUGAUCUAAAGCUCUCCUCUCUGACAAGAUUAUCUAAGCAGUCUUAUCAGUACUUUAAGGUCCCUCAAUGAAUUUGGGAAAAUUAAAGGGACAUUCCAGUCAAAAUUUAAAUGCACAUAGAUGAAUUACAUCUUUGAAUAUAAACAUAUUUGCAAUAUACAUCUAGUGGCAAAAAUGCUUCUAGUAAAAGUCAUCACUGCUUUAGUGCUAACAUUUUUCUCUGCACGUGCAUGUGAAGCAUAGCUAGAUAUUCUCAGUGCACCAGCAUGUUAAAUACUGCAGCUGCUCAGAGUGAUAAGUGGGCCUUGUAUCAUGUUAACAAUUAAUAAAUUGAGUCAUUAACAGAUGGUACAAACACCUUAGACUCUCUAAGCAAGUUCUGUGUUUAAAAUGCUGGUGCACGGUGCAUACUUAAAUACACUUUUGAAACAGCUAUAGCUUUUAUUAGAAGCAUUUUUGUUCAAAAAUGAAAUGCAUGUGGAUUCCAAUUUUGUCUGUAAUGUCCCUUUAAAUGUUAGGAUAACUGUUUACCUGUCUAUACAGAGUUAUGAAUGUGAAGGAGCGACAUACACAGCAAAAUAAUGUUCCAAAAAAUCCCCAAAAGAUUGUGUAUGAUUUCUCUCCAUGCUGGCGAGUUUUUGAUCAUCAAAUCCUAAUAAUAUUUGCUUAAUAUCUAUAUCUACUGUCAAGUGUUUUAUGCAAUAGUUAGGCUUGAUGUGAGGUUAAACUAAGGGGAAAAAAAACAUUUUAUUUAUGAUUCAGAUUUUACAAAUAUUUACAAUUUCUAUUAUCAAAUUUACUUUGUUCUGAUGGUAUUCUUUGUUGAAGAGAAUACCUAUGUAGUUAACAUGUACAUUUAUUUUUGAGCACUGGAUGGCAAGCGUUUUCAGAAUGUAUAACAUUUAUAAAACAUUCUUGCAAAACUUUCAUAUGGUGCUCCAGAUACAUGGAUGCCCCUGAGCCUUCCUACUUGCUUUUUAAACAAAGUAUACCAAGAAUGAAUCUAUCUGAAUCCUGAAAAAAAAAAGUUUGUAUAAUUUCCCUUAUUCCCCUUCUCCAACUGGUCAAUUACACUGGUAAAUUAAUAUUUUGUGUUUCAUAUUUGACUUACUUACUUGACUUCAUGUAAAUGGUGACAUUAUUUUUGUUUGUUUUUUAUUAAAAUGUUUGUUUAAUAGCAA